AUGAACAACAUUGGAAAUACAACAAGAGAUGGACAAGGACUUGCAAUAGGUAUAGAUGAUAUUUAUAAUGCCCUCGCAGACAACAGUUUUGUAGAUUUAAAGUCAAUGCAAGAUUUAGCAGCAGAAGGUGGAAGAAUAGGAACAACUUCUCAAGGGCAUAGACUAUCUCCAAAACAACAGGCUCCGCUAGAGGAGUAUUUAUACCGCCUUAUUCAAGCCCUACACUAUCAGAACAACCUCCACGUCAGCAACAACCUCCAAAGCAAGAGAACGCUCUAG